AUGAAUAACGCUGCAGAAAUCCUAAAGUCAGUCCAGAUAGGUUUAGAUGUCUGCAUAUUUCUUCUCAACACCGAUCGUGGCCUACAAGCGACUGAGUUAUGUAAUGAAUGUACAACUCUACUUCAAAACCUUGACACUGGUAUUCAGCUUGAUAUCUCCGAUGUAAUAUUCCAUACUUACUACACCAUCUUUGCUAACCGCAAACUUCUUGAAACGCUCCUCAACGUUGGAAUACUAACAACACAACUGGGAGACAAAUAUGAAGCACAAAGCCGGUUUGUAGAGGCAAAGCAACUUUUUGAAAGCGCUCUCGCCAUCUGGAAAACGAUUGGUAACAAACAAUUAGAAGGUUUGGCUCAUGGAAGACUUGGAAAGAAAGCUAAAGAAUAUCACGAGAAAGCACUUACCAUCGCGAUAGAAACUGGCGACAAACGAGGAGAAGGAAUAAUUAACGGGAACCUCGGAGCUGUGUUUGAUUCCCUUAGCGAAUAUCAGAAAGCUAAAGAAUAUCUCGAGAAGGCACUUGCCAUCGCGAUAGAAAUUGGCGACAAACUGGAAGAAGGAACAAGCAUAGAAGUUGGCGACAAACGAGGAGAAGGAAAUAUUAACGUGAACCUUGGAAAUAUUUUCAAUUCCUUUGGCGAAUUUCAAAAGGCUAAAGAAUAUCACGGGAAAGCACUUGUCAUCGCAAUAGAAAUUGGCGACAAACGAGGAGAAGGAACGAUAUACGGGAACCUCGGGGUUGUACCAGGAGAAGGAACAAGCAACGGGAACCUCGGGGUUGUGUUUAAUUCCCUCGGCGAAUAUCAGAAGGCUAAAGAAUAUCACGAGAAAGCACUUGCCAUCGCAAUAGAAACUGGCGACAAAAGAGGAAAAGGAGCCAUAUACGGGAACCUCGGAGCUUUGUUUCAUUGCCGUGGAGAAGGAAGAAGCAACGGGAACCUCGGGGUUGUGUUUAAUUCCCUCGGCGAAUAUCAGAAGGCUAAAGAAUAUCACGAGAAAGCACUUGCCAUCGCGAUAGAAAUUGGCGACAAACAAGGAGAAGGAGAAAUUAACAGCAACCUCGGAGCUACGGCUAAAGAAUAUCACAAGAAAGCACUAGCCAUCGCGAUAGAAAUUGGUGACAGAAAAGGAGAAGGUUCGACAUACUCGAGUCUUGGAGAUGUUUAUUUUGCGCUUGGAAAAAACCGGAAAGCUAAGGAACACUUGGACAAAGCAGUCGACGUCGGUUUAGCAAUUGGUGACAGACAUCUAGAAGCCCAAGCUACUCAAUCUUUGGCAGCUGUCUUUGCUUCUGUGAAUGACUUUCAGAAGGCAAAAGAACAUUUUGAGAAGGCGCUUACCUUCUGCAGAGAAUGUGGCAAUAGAGAGCUCGAAGCAGGAAUUUACCUUAGGCUUGGAAGUCUAUUCCUAUCGCUUGGUGAAAGUGGCAAGGCAGAAGAUCACUUAGAGAAAGCUUGUUCCAUAAGCAGCCAAAUUGGACAUAAAAUGACUGAGUUUGAAAGCCUUCUACGUAUUACAUGGUUAAAGGUAUCACAGUCAGAACUUGUAGAGGCAAACGAAUGUCUUCUUCGAUGUAUCAGAAAAUAUGAGCAAAUCAGAAGUUUGCUGAAAGGAAACAGUGAAUUUGAAAUUUCUCUGUUAGAGGAAUGCGGAACUUUUCCCUACCAGUUACUCACUAACUUGCUCUGCCGUACUGGAAAAUUUCGAGAUGCUCUCUAUGCUGAGGAGCUGGGACGAGCAAGAGUCCUUGCAGGAUUCAUGGCAGACAAGUACUCCCUGGAAAGCCACUUCACAGCUGAUCCACAAUCAUGGUCUGGGAUUGAAAAGAGCGUGAAAACGGAAAGUAACUGUGUUUUUUUAUAUGUUUCAUAUACAGAGCGGCAAGUUCUCCACUGGGUAUUGAAAGGAAAUGGAGACAUUUUCUGUCGAGCAACACGUGAAGUGGAUAUAGACACUCUUAUUGCUGAGCAAGUCUGCGAUGUGGAAGGAGUUUUCAAAAAGAGCGCCGCCGGCUUUGGCGUUUUACCCGAAGCAAACUGCGAAGAUCGAUCAUUGAAUGACAACGUGACGACAUCUCUUCAUGAAGAGAGCCGGGCAAAUUUGCGAGGUGACGAAACUAAAGAUACCGAAAGAACUCAUCAAUUGUGCUACAAAUGGAUCGUCGCACCUGUGGCAGAUUUACUUACUGAGCCUGAAAUCAUCAUUGUGCCCGAUCGAUUCUUGUACCGAGUCCCAUUUGCUGCCUUGCGUAAUAAAUCAGCCGGAAAGUAUUUAUCGGAAAAGUACAGAAUACGCGUCAUCCCUUCCCUGACGACUCUGCGGCUCAUCCAAGAAUGUCCCGCGGACUAUCACAGUCCAACUGGCGCACUGGUUGUGGGUGAUCCUACGGUUGGCAAAGUGCAUUACAAUGGACGUCUUACUAACAUUACACCAUUGUUCCAUGCAAAUAAGGAAGCAAAGAUGGUUGGUCGACUGCUCGGCGUUCAGCCUCUGUCAGGAAGUCGCGCGACAAAGCAGGCGGUACUUCAAGCGAUACCUUCAGUGAGUCUGAUACACCUUGCUGCUCAUGGAAAUGCCGAAAGAGGAGAGAUUGCUCUCUCUCCUCAAUCUACCACUAACGGUAUUCCCCAAGAGGAAGACUACCUCCUGACAAUGUCCGAGAUUCAAGGAGUUCAAGUGCGAGCCAAACUGGUUGUACUCAGCUGUUGUCACAGUGGGCGUGGAUUGGUAAAAAAGGAAGGAAUUAUUGGAAUCGCUCGAGCUUUCUUAGCAUCCGGUGCACGUUCAGUGUUGGUAGCAUCGUGGGCUAUAGAAGACGAAGCAACGGCUAAGCUCAUGGAACAUUUCUAUGAACACCUUGUUCGUGGAGAAAGUGCCAGUGAAUCUCUUCACCAGGCCGUUCAAUGGUUGAGAAGCAACGGCUUUCCCAAACCUUCCCAAUGGGCUCCGUUUGUGCUUAUGGGGGAUAACGUGACAUUUGAUUUUACGAAAAAAAAGGAAUGAAGAACUCAAGGAGGACAACAACGAGGCAGAGAAGGAACAGAGUCACGACUGAAGAAAAGAUUCUUCUUCCUGUAC